AUGUCCGGUCCAGGCGCAGGCCACGAAUUUCCCGCCAAGGAGGUUUCUUGGCUGAAGCGCGAUGUCCUCCUUUUCGCCAACAGCAUCGGCGCGACCUCGAAGGAGCUGCAUUUUCUCUUCGAGCUUCAUCCUAAUUUUGCCGUCUUCCCAACAUAUCCCAUCAUCCUCCCAUUCAAACUCACCGACCAAGAAGUAACAGACUUCUACGCCCGCUCAAAAAGCUCGCCCAUCCCAGGCGUACCCAGCUUCGACCCCAAACGAGUCGUCGACGGGCAGCGCAAAAUCACUGUCUACAAGCAAUUGCCUACGACGAGCGCAGGACGGAAAUUUGAGCUCCGUAACAAGGUCGUUGGGGUCUACGACAAGGGGAAGGCCUCUGUCGUGGAGACAGAGCAGACAAUUGUCGAUAAGGAGAGCGGAGAGGUCUAUGCCAGUGUUGUUGGCAGCGCCUUUUAUGUUGGACAAGGGGGCUGGGGCGGGCCGAAGGGACCUGCAACCCCCAACUAUCCCCCUCCCAAGGACCGCAGACCAGAUGCUGUGCGCGAGAUCCAGACAACCACUGAAACAGCCCAGCUGUACCGUCUGAAUGGCGACUACAACCCGCUCCACGCAACCCCUGAGCCCGGCCAGAAGAUGGGCUUCGGCGGCAUCAUUAUCCACGGCCUGUACAGCUGGAACGCCGCUGCGCAUAUUGUACUCGAGGCGUUUGGUAACAGCGAUCCAGCCAACUUUAGAGAGUUCCAGGCGCGGUUUGCGUCACCGGUUAAGCCCGGUGAUAAGCUCAUUACUGAACUGUGGCGAACUGGGGAGGUGAUCGAGGGAUUUGAGGAGAUUAGAGGAAUGAAAGUUUCGUAUACACUUGGGACUGCUCCUGGUCUCGGACUGUCUGCUGGUGAUCAUCCACACUACUGCGUUAAACCUGCCAUCCUCUUACAACCAACAAAGGGCUAG